GCGCGAUUAAACUGCACUUUGUACCAACUUUUUUGCUGCCAAGUGACACAGAAACACUAAGGAACUGGGCUAGGGGUUAGAAUAAAUAUUAAAAGGGCAUUCAUUUGAUAAAUUAAACGGACUUCACAUGACGAGGAAGAGGGUCGUCAAACAGCAUGGUGCAUCCUCCGCAGCCAGCAAAGUUCAGAGGUCUGCCCGGGUCCAGAGGGAUGAAGCACCGUCCCGGUGGUGGCUGAAAAGAGGCUUAUUGGCCCUUGUUAUCUUCCUUUUGGUGCCCUGCUUGCAGAAGACACUCCCUGAAUUAAUCCAGCACCUUGUUUACACUCACAGAGUCAGGGUGCCGUUCUUUAUUGACCUGAGCCGACCCUCUGAUCUCUCCCUUAAUCACACCGUCAACAUGUACUUAACAUCAGAGGAAGGAAUCUCCCUUGGCGUGUGGCACACUGUCCCUGAAAGUAAGUGGAAGGAGGCACAAGGGAAGGACUUGGCAUGGUACCAGGACACUUUAAAGGAUAGAAGUCCAGUUUUUAUAUAUCUUCACGGAAACACAGGCACAAGGGCAGCCGCUCAUCGGAUCGGAGUGGCAAAAGUAUUGAGUGCACUUGGUUACCACGUGCUGGUGCCUGACUACAGAGGAUUUGGAGAUUCCACCGGGGAGCCGACUGAGGCCGGUGUGACCACAGAUGCCCUCUACGUUUACAACUGGGUCAAAGAACGCAGCGGGGACAGCCUGGUCGUCAUCUGGGGACACUCUCUUGGCACCGGAGUGGCCACUAAUGCUGCAGUCAAACUGCAUGAGCAAGGGAGGAGUUUUGAUGGUGUGAUUCUGGAGGGUACAUUCAAUACUAAGGGACAGGAGAUGCCGAUUUUUACCUGGUAUUACUGGAGGCUUCCAGGCUCUGGAUACUUAUUCCCAGAUCCAGGGGAAGAAAACAAGGCUUUAUUUCCUUCUGAAGAAAAUUUGAAGAAAAUGACAUGCCCGAUCCUUUUCCUCCAUUCAGAGGACGAUCACUUGGCUCCCAUUCAGACUGUUCAGGAGCUGUAUGAGGUAGCAGUGAUGGCCCAGAAUGCAGAGCGGGUCAAGAUGGUGCCAUUUGACGGUUCUCUGGGGUAUCUGCACAACGGCUUAUAUCGAGACCCCCAUCUGCCUGACAGCUUACAGAAGUUUGUCCUGUCGCUGUAAAGUUGGAAGCAGAAGACUUCAGACACACAUUGCCAAUCAAUUGCUUUUGUCUUUAUGACUGCAUUUGCACAAAUAUGUGAUUUUCUUUACUUUUCAAAUUUGUAUUUGUUUGUUUUAUAUCUUAUAUUUUUAAGAAUAAAUGCAAACAUUUUUCUGGCAAUCGUAAAAAAAAAUGGUGUGAUUUGUAUGAGCCAUUGUAGCAGAAUCCACCCUCUGCUGGGCAUUGUGGUGUGGUGAUAAUGCUCAUCUAUAAUUCCCAAUAAUGAGUUUUGUAAUCCAAGGUUUAAGAUGUCUAUGUUUUUAUUUCAGAACAAUACAUGGAGAGCAGCUGCUGGCAAAUGUCAGAAAUGAGUUGUGAAUGUCUUUCAAUUCAACCACAGGAUAUAAAGUGCAUUCCUAUCAGUUGAAAGAACCUCAGUUCAAAUGUCUUUGCCGUUAAAUUAUAAUAAAUCUGUAUCACUGCUGAUGUCAACAAGCAA